GAAGAAGAAUGGUAUGAACAAGGAAGUCAAGUGUUUUCGAGGAAGCCAGCGGACGUUUCCUUUUGUUUUGUCUUUGUUUUUUGUGUACCAAAUCGAUCGUUAAUUUAUUAGUGUUGUUAGCUAUAUUACUUUAUAGACGUAUGACUGUCGUGUCCGUCGCUGUUAAAGUUAUUUUUUGUAACAAAGAAAAACUUGACGACAUUUUGCGUUUACGAGAAGUUAGCUUUUCAGGCUAACAACAGAGCUAGCAGGCCUGAACGCCAUCUGUCUAUUGUGUUGCCGUCAGUUAGACACCUGCACUGCUUUUGAUUAAUCAGCUAGUUUUAUGGUCUGUUUUAAUUUGGAAACUGAGUGAACAAAGGAGCCGGGCCGCUGUCAUCAGUCCAGAAUUAGCUUUACCGGUUGUCGGUUUUGUGGCUUACUUGCUCGUUACUAGCGCAGUGCUGUCAGGUACACUGACAAUAAAGGGAAAGCAACACUAUACAACAGAGGACGAGGAAAUCGGAUUAGGAUGUAUGCCCCGCCGGGUUCUACUGUCCCUGGAGGCCGAAGGAGGAGAGGGGGCACCUCGUUGCCCAAGCAGCCGGAGCGGAGCCUUGUGUCGGCUCUUCCCGGAGCUCUGUCCAUUACAGCGCUUUGUACAGCUCUGGCUGAGCCGGCUUGGCUCCGCGUCCACGGAGGAACCUGUCCGAGACAAGAGCUGGGGGUGUCAGAUGUCCUGGGAUACAUUGACCCCAAGCUUCUGGAUGAUUACUGCGUGAACCCGCAGACCAUCUUGCUGCUGAGAGUAAUCGCUGCCUUUUGUUUCCUGGGAAUCCUCUGCAGUCUGACUGCUUUUCUCUUGGAUGUGUUUGGUCCCAAGCACCCUGCCCUGAAAAUAACCCGCAGAUAUGCAUUUGCACAUAUUCUCACAGUGCUGCAGUGUGCCACAGUCAUAGGUUUUUGCUACUGGGCCUCGGAGCUGAUCUUGUCCCUACAGCAGCAGCACAAAAAGUACCACGGCUCUCUCAUAUACGUCACUUUUGCUAUCAGCUUCUACCUGGUGGCGGGCGCGGGCGGAGCAUCCAUCCUCGCCACAGCUGCAAAUCUCCUUCGUCACUACCCCACUGAGGAGGAAGAGCAGGCUUUAGAGCUGCUCUCGGAGAUGGAGGACAGCAGUGAAACAUUUCCUGCCGAUUAUGACAUUGCCAAUCAAUUUCAACCGCCACCCGCAUACACACCCUAAUGCCACCAGACUCGCCUUGCUAACACCUUUCUCUCUCAGCACAGCUACUUAGCUUGAUGGGCAAAGCCCCGCUCUUUAUCAAAUGGAUAUCUUUGCAAAAAUACUGAGUAAACACAGCGUGUCAGUGCGCAGGUUCCUUGAAUGACGGUGCUUGGGUGCAUGAAAGCUUUCUUUAGUGGUGACAGAAAUUUAGAAGCUAAUUCUUACUUUCACCACUGGAGUUGUUGGUGAAUUGCAUGUAAAUGGCUUUUAGGGAUUUGGUUCUUACAUGUAAAGAAAACUAAACUUGCUGGAAGUGCUCAACACGGCUCAUGACAAUUAAUUGAUGGAACAACCAGAGCUGGAUUGUUUUUGUAGGAUUUAGUUGAAUGAGCGCUGUCGGCAGUUGUUUUGCUUUUGACCGGACGUGAGUGGAGCUUUGUUUGCGUUAUGGUUUUAGUUUGACGUGCUUGCCAUUUGUGUGAAUUUCAUUUUACCGACACCUUACAGAUGCAGAAAUACACUGACGAGAUUCUUUGAACAUCUUUAUUUUAUAUAAGAUAUCAAAUUGGACCUCAUUUAUUGUCUGUGCUGUCUUUUUGUAGUUUUUGCUUUGUUCUUCUUUUCACUAGUUAAGUCUUCGUUGUUCCCUUCUGUACUUGACAUAAGAAAACUGUCAGAAAUUGUGAGCCAGGUCUUUGGUGUUUUAAAACGAAUCAUGGUGUGUGUGUGUGUGUGAGAGUGUGUGUGUGUAAGAGAGUGUGUGUGUGUAAGAGAGUGUGUGUGUGUGUGGCAAUUGAGAGAAAGUGAGAAACAUGUUUGUAUUGUUUCACAGUAAGGGUGACAUUUAGUUUAAAAAACACCUCACAGCAUCAGAAGUUGUUCAUUAUAUUUCUUGUGUUUGCUUUUGAAAAAAAAAAUUAUUUGCACUUUGUGAUUCCCACAUGUGACCGUUUCAGUAUGCAUUUCCAGUGCAUGAGUUCAUUUGUGUGAAGACUUUAAACUUUGAGUCACAAUCUCAACAAGAACAUCUCCCACAGACAGAGGCUUGGACUUGUGACUGAUGUUGUGAUUCUUGUUGGUUGUGUAUUGUUCUGUUGAUUCCAUAAUUUUCUGCAUUUGUCCCUCAAACUGUCACUAUAACCCCCCUCCCUUCCUCAAUUUGUAAAUAAUGAUCAUUUAUACAUUUAAAAAAGAAGUGAUCAUAAUAAAGGAAACCUCAUACUUUUGC